AAAUAGAAAUACACGUUGAUUCAUCUCUCUCUCUCUCUCUCUCUCUCUCUCAUAAGUUCUUGUCGGAAAGCUCGCUUCCAAACCAAAGGGCAAAGGUCCAUCUCUCUCUCUCUCUCUCCAUUGAUUACGUUAGGGUUUCCCUCCUCCAAGGCUUCCCCAGCUCCCGCUUCUUCAUCUUCUUCCUAGAGGCUAGAGAGAGAGAGAAUGAAAGAUAAGAAUUUGGAUCUGUUCGAUCCGAGGUCGGUCAUGGACUCGGACUACUCCCCCAACGCCUCCGGCCGCGACGCCGACUUCGCCUUCGCGUUCAACGACAGCAAUUUCUCCGACCGUCUGCUCCGGAUCGAGAUCAUGGCCGACGCUCCCUCCGACGGCGCCGACGGCUGUCAGAGCCUUGCCGAUUGGGCCCGCCAUCGGAAGAGGAGGAGAGAAGAUACCAAGAAACCUGUUGAUGCUGCUGGAUGCGCUGAGGAGCAGAUUCUGAAUUGUAACCUGGCUGACGUUGAUGAUGCAGGGUUUGAAAAUGAAGAUGAGGAACCUGUUGCAAUGAAUGAAGAAUCACCUUCAGGCGAUGAAGCUGCAAAUAGCAAUGACUCAAACUGGAGCAUGGAUUGUUCUACAGUUCUGAGAGUUAAAACUUUACACAUCAGUUCUCCAAUUUUAGCAGCAAAAAGUCCGUUUUUCUACAAGCUCUUCUCAAAUGGGAUGAGGGAGUCAGAGCAGCGACACGUCACCUUACGAAUCAAUGCCUCUGAGGAAGCUGCGCUCAUGGAGCUCCUGAAUUUCAUGUAUAGCAAUACCUUAUCUGCAACUUCUGCUCCCGCUUUGCUUGAUGUGUUGAUGGCUGCUGACAAGUUUGAGGUUGCUUCAUGCAUGCGGCAUUGCAGCCGAUUAUUACGGAAUUUGCCCAUGACACCAGAGUCUGCGUUGCUAUAUCUGGAACUUCCUUCCAGUGUCUUAAUGGCUGAUGCAGUUCAGCCCUUGACAGAUGCAGCAAAGCAGUUCCUUGCUGCUCGUUAUAAAGACAUUACUAAGUUCCAAGAAGAGGUAAUGAGCUUACCCCUUGCCGGUAUCGAAGCUAUAUUGGCAAGUGAUGAUCUCCAGGUCGCAUCAGAAGAUGCAGUAUACGACCUUGUGUUGAAGUGGGCGAGGGCCCAGUACCCAAAACUGGAGGAGCGGAAGGAAAUCUUGGGUUCGCGUCUUGGUCGCUACAUCCGCUUUCCUUACAUGACCUGCCGCAAGCUCAAGAAGGUUUUAACCUGCAACGACUUUGAUCAUGAUCUCGCAUCCAAGGUCGUGCUAGAGUCUCUGUUUUUCAAAGCUGAGGCCCCACACCGACAACGGGCCCUUGCCGCGGAGGAGUCUGCUACCUCAAGCCGACGCUUUGUGGAACGGGCCUACAAGUACCGGCCCAUUAAGGUGAUCGAGUUUGAAAUGCCACGUCACCAGUGUGUGGUUUACCUUGAUUUAAAGCGUGAGGAAUGCGCCAAUUUGUUCCCAAACGGGAGAGUCUAUUCUCAGGCUUUUCACUUAGGUGGCCAAGGUUUCUUCUUAUCAGCGCAUUGCAACAUGGAUCAGCAGAACGCGUCCAAUUGUUUCGGGCUGUUUCUUGGAAUGCAAGAAAAAGGGUCAGUCACUUUUGCUGUCGACUAUGAGUUUUCGGCUAGAUCGAAGCCAACGGAGGAGUACAUUAGCAAGUACAAGGGAAAUUACACUUUCACCGGCGGAAAGGCAGUCGGUUAUCGUAACUUAUUUGCUAUAUCAUGGACUUCUUUCAUGGCCGAGGAUAGUCUGUACUUCAUCAAUGGCAUCCUCCAUCUCAGGGCUGAGCUUACAAUCAGGAACUGACGAGCUGUUAAACUCUCUCUCUCUCUCUCUCUCUCAAACUUUCUGUUAUCUUUUUCUUCUUGGUAGGGCUAACCUUCUUUACCUUGGCUUUGUGACAAGCACUAUAGGUGAUGUUUAGAUGUUAGCAUUAACAUUUCUAACUCAGUUGUGAGAAAGAUUGUGCCUUCUUGUUGUUAGACUGGGCCAAAUUGUGCUCUGGAAUUGAGAGGUAGGAAGAGUUUUUGCGGUAACGCCUUCCGGGCCCUGUAAAUGAAUUCCUGGAAUGGAAGGAUUGCCUAUUCUGACCUUGCCAAACUUAAUGCAUUUUGAGAAUACACAGGGUGUUGUUUGUUUGGGUUCUUUUUGAGCCCGUAUCA